AUGCUUCCUCGCAGGCACGACUACGGGAUGAAGAGGACCGGAGGACCGCGCAACGGCUCGGUAAUUAACUUCAGGACAACGGUGAACUCGGGCUCCGUCCGCCGCAGCUCCGCCGUGCUGCCCUCGGUGCUAACGUUCCUGGUGAUCGUAGCAUCCGGAGGCCUGCUGCUCAUGAUAGAGAAAGGAAUGCUAAACAGCAUGGAGACGCCUCCACCCAGGGGCAGCGGCAAGAGACUGGACUUAAUUCGGCGGGUUGGGAAGCACAGCCCGGCCGCUGUGGACGUGGACUCCCAGAUCCUCCAGGAGAUCCGUAACCGGACCAUCAGGACCGUGUGCAGCCAGAAGAACAUGCCCCACAGCAUUUGGUCCCUGAGCCCCCUGCAAAGGAAGACGCUGCUACAGCACAUCCUGGUGAACGACCAGUACCACUUCCUGUACUGCUACGUCCCCAAGGUGGCCUGCUCCAACUGGAAGAGGGUCCUGAAGGUUCUGAACGGAGCUCUGGAGAGCGUCGACGUCAACAUCAAGAUGGACCACCGCAGCGACCUGCUGUUUUUGUCCUCUUUUAAACCCGAGGAGAUCCGCCACCGCCUCAAGCACUACUUUAAGUUCAUGUUUGUCCGGGAGCCAAUGGAGCGCUUGCUUUCUGCAUACAGGAACAAGUUUGGAGAGAUAGAGUCCUACCAGAAAAAGUACGGCGUGGAGAUAGUAAAGCGGUACAGAAAAGGCCGCGCCAAGGACGCAUCUGUAACAGGAGACGAUGUGACAUUUGCAGAGUUUGUCAAUUACUUGUUGGACGAGGACGCGGAGCGCAUGAACGAGCACUGGAUGCCGGUGUACAACUUGUGCCAACCCUGUGCAGUGUCCUACGACUUCAUCGGCUCCUAUGAGCACCUUGAAAGUGAUUCAGAGUUUGUGCUCCAGCGGAUUGGAGCGCCUCCUCAUGUUCGCUUCCCAGAAAGGCAAACGUGGUACAAGCCAGUCACCACGGAGACGUUACACUAUUACCUGUGCACCUUACCACAGAAGCUGCUGAGGGAACUGCUGCCCAAGUACAUUUUAGACUUUUCCCUCUACGCUUAUCCUCUCCCCAACACAACCACUGAACACUGCCGGCAUUAAAUAUGCAAUGUUUUAUAGUUCAGAGAAUAUUUUUUAUAGAGAAUGAUUUUUUGUACUAUUUUUUAUUCCUAGGGAACAAACAGUAUUUUGAUAGCUGUUACACAUUUUUUUACUUGAGAUGUUCAUAUAUAUGCACAUAUAUAUAUCGCAAAAUGCUGAUUAUUGGAAAGAUGGUGACUCGGACUACAAAACCACUAAUGCUUGAAAUCAGCUUAAGACAAAAGAAAAGGCAAAUGAAAAUCACUGUGUUUGUACAUGUUCCAAUCAUGCACUGUUACAGUAAAUGAACCAAUUCAGUAUAUAUAUAUAUGGAAAUGUAAAUAAGGUUGCAAGACCAAACUUUGUAUUUUGCUUGUAUCUUCAUCUACACAUUGAAGAAAGUUAAGGGUUAAUAGCUUUUGUGGGCAUUCAGUGGUUUAGCAGGCUAAAACACAAAUGUAGUUAUUUACUGUACUCACAGGUUUGUGGGGUUUAAAUCAAGCUGGUGACAGUUUGAGCCCAUUUCCACUUGUAUUAAAAUUUGAUCCGACUGAUCCGAUCACAAGUCGACAGCUUGAAGUGCAGGUGGGAAUGCACCCAGGGCGCGUGCGUUACACUGUAAGGCAGCGCUUUAUCAUUAAUCAUCAUACGUUUCCAAGUUAUGAUUUAUGUGAGAGUAACAGCUGAAAUGAAUACACGCACACACUCACAACCAGUCUAACGGUAUGUGCGAACGGAAAUUAUGUAUGCGUUUGUUUGCACAUAGAGUGGGAAAGUGAGAUACGAUCACAAGUGGUCAAUCAAGAUGCAUUUAAAGACGCAUUCUGCUGCCGGGUGUAAUCACGUGCUUAGAGAUGUCCACUUGUGAUCGGAUCACUCAGAUUGGAUUUUAUUACCGGGUGGAAAAGCGGCCCUUGUUUCAUGUCACAGCCUUUCCUCUUCAUCCGUCUCCCAUCUUUCCUAUUUACUUUGUAAUAAAACAGGUCAAGUUUUGUGAUGUA